CCUACUGGCUAACGUCCAUUUCGUCGUUGCCCGCCUCGGCUCAGUCAGCUCGCAACCACCCGGCCCCCAGCUUCACCUCUCCAUGGCCGACCGCGUCCACCCCAUGCCACCGCCUCCGCGACCGGAUCAACAAGCCCACGCCGCCGCGGCGCCCACGGAGACCACGCCGUUGCACCCGGCCUUCCACCGCCCUCCCGCGCCGCCGCCGGGCACCUACGUCAUCCAGGUCCCCAAGGACCAGAUCCUCCGGGUCCCGCCCCCGUACCGCGCCCGCCGAUACAAGAAGCUCGCCGCGCGCCCCGAGCGACGCCGCCUCCUCCGCCGCGCAUGCUGCUUCGCCUGCGCCGCCGUCAUCCUCCUCGUCCUCCUCGCCGCCGCCUUCGCGGGCGCCGUCUACCUCGUCUUCCGCCCCCGCGCGCCAUCCUUCUCCGUCGCGUCCCUCUCCAUCCGCGGCCUCGACAACCUGACCCUCUCCACGCUCUCCCCGCAGCUCCAGGCCGCCGUGCGCGCGGACAACGGCGCGAACGAGAAGGUCGGCAUCGACUACCGCGGCGGCGGGGAGGUCACGGUCUCCUACUCCGGCGAGCAACUCGGCACCGGCCAGUGGCCCGCGUUCUACCAGGCGCCGCGGAACGUGACGGUGUUCUCGACUCGGCUGAGCGGAAAAGGCGUGAGCUUCACCGAGAAGCAGAGGAGGCAGCUCGCCGCGGAGCAGGCGGCGGGCGCCGUGCCGCUGACGGUGGAGGCGACGGUGCCGGUGCGGGUGCGGUUCGGGAAGGUGCUGCGGUCGUGGCCGGUGGACGUGAAGGCGCGGUGCGAGGUGGCCGUGGGCAGGCUGGCGGGGAACGCGGCGGCGGCGAACAGGGGGUGCAGGGUCAGGGUCAAGCCGCUCUGGUGGUGGUGGUGAUCGCCGUAGGGAAAAUUCGGUGCGCACGUACCGUAUGUCAGUCGUCAAUUUACCUUGAGAUUCGUGCAAAAAAUUAGUGUAAAAGAAUUAUGGAAUAUGGCUGGAUGAGAAGAGUGUACAAUCAAGAUAGACGACACAUGUAUAAUAUAUUACAGAGUUGUAUUUCUCGUCAUUAUAGUAGUGACUACAACUAUGCAUGGAACCCACAUAGUAUUACUCCUACAUGUGAAGUAAAUUAAUUUUAAUUUCUAGAGAA